AUGACUUUAAGAUUAAGUGGACUUUGUCACCUCAACCCCUUGAGACAGACUUGUGCAGUUUUUAUGAGACUGUCGUCGACCUCAAAACAGGAAAAGCCCCCUAGUCGCCGUCUCCAGGAGUUUAGGAAAAAAUUGAGAGAAACAACCCCUCUUGAAAAACUUGAUGAAAUAUCCGGGAAACAUCCCCACCAGGAAAAAGAACCUUUAGAAGCCUGGCCUGACAACACAAACCCUACGACUGGAGAAGUAGGGGGCCCUCGCGGGCCAGAACCUACCAGAUAUGGGGAUUGGGAGAGGAAAGGAAGAGUAACGGAUUUUUAAUUGUGUGUAAAUAAAGUAAUGUAGACAAAUGUAUAUAAAAAAAUGUAUUUGAAUAAAGUUAAAAACUUACAUUAUGUUGUUACAUCGGUUUAAACCUACUAGCACUUAAAGUUUAAAAUGUUAUUAACAUGGUAAUGCUUACACACUUAUGGACAUGGUUUAGUGAAGGAAAAGAAAAUUAUUUUUUGCGGAAAUCACAACCGAUGUCGUAAUUAAAUUACAAACUAUUACUAUCGCCUUCAGAGGACUGUGAGUCCGACAUCACACAAUAAAAAUAUAAACUGAUUAAUGAUUAUUCUUUGACCAAAUAAAUUAAAAUAAAUAAUUUAGAGUAAGCCUCUGAAGACAAAUCUAAUUUCGUAUGGGAAUGUGUAAAAAUAGCAAACUUUAAUGCUUUUCUUUAAAUAAAAUAAAAUCGUUGAUUGCAUACAAUAACACAGUGAAUUAUUAUAACUAGGAUUGCCCACAUUUCUGUUCUUAGUUGGCAAGUUUGUUAAUACGCACAUGUAAAUAUUAAAGGUAACACAUACAUUAAUAAAAAUAACUCUUUGUUUGGAUUAAGUUCCAUCUGCCUUUAUUCGUCGACACUCAAAAUUUGCGAUUUUUCUGUGGUGUAAGGAAAUUCGCACUAACAAACGUCAGAUUAUUUUUAACAGAUUUAAAGCAACUUUAAGCCUUGUUGAGUCUAAUUCGAAGAAAAAUGUUGUAUACAACUCGUUUUGGUGUAAAUCAACUCAUUUAUUUUACCUUGUAGACGGUAAACCACUCAUAAAAUAAAGCGUCCAAUUUACACUCAAACUCGUUAACCCACGAGUGAAAACGAGUAGUUUGAUAUUUACUAGGCGAAAUAAAUAUCCCGAUGUAAACGAAAACAAGCUGAAUACAAUAUUUUAUUCUUCGAAUUAACAACUUAUAAAUCAACAAGACUUAUAAUCAUUUAAAAAUAAUCU